AUGGCGUUCUCGAUCGCACGUUUCAUGCGUCAGGGAGCGCAGGCAGUGCGGACGUACGCGAGUGUGGCGUCGGCGCACACGUCAAGCUCACUAGCGCCUACUGGGAAAACGCCUCACAAUGUGCUUAACACGAAAGGACCCAAACGCUUUGCCUAUCAGGACAAGCGCAAAGGCUUCAGUGAAAGAAAAACAUUUCUCUUCAAAAAGUAUGAGCGGCUCCUGCGUGAGAAUGAGCUUGUUCUCCUGUUCAAAAUGGAGAAUUUGGAUGUGAAACUGCUCAACAAUGUGCGCCGGCAGGCGUCGCUCGUCAAGAUACCUAGCGAGGACCUUGCGCGUCUCGAGGAAAAGAACAAUGGUGUUCCGUGGAAUUUCCCCACAUGUUCUUUGACGAUGAUUCGCACAGGUCUCAUGCGGCCUGUAUGCCGCAAGGACACGGCGCAGCCCGUUCAGGCCUUGGAGCCACACUUGCGGGGUCAGCUUGCUAUGCUAACAUGUCCUGUUCUUUCGCCGGAAUAUAUUGGCAAGGUCCUGCGAGCUAUGGAGCGCCCUGUUGCUGCCGCUGUAGAUGCGCAUGACCCAAAGAGCGCCAAAAAAGCGCCGCUUUUCAAGCCGAUUGUUGCAGUCGCUGAACGGAGUCGCCUCGUUGACACGAAUGCUUUGCCUGCAUUCACGAAGCUGCCGAAUCUGCCUACGCUGCGUGCACAGCUGGUUGGCUUGCUCUCUGCACCAGGGCAGAAGAUUGCAGGUCUUUUGUCGCAAGCUGGUGGUGGUGAGCUUGCUGCAACGCUCGAGGCGCGUCGUCGGGACAUGGAGAAGCCUGGCACUUCUGCCGAGUCUGCCUCUGAGGCUUGA